GGGUGUGAUACAGCUCUCCUGUACCUGCCUGUGGCCCCCAGACUGGGUGUUACAUUAUAGCUGAGGCAGAUUUGCAGUUUGUGUCACAGUUGCUGGGUUUUUGCCCUUUGUGUCAAUGUCCUGACAGAGGGGGGGAGGACAGUCAGCCUACAGUCACAGAGCACUAAGGGUUAAUCCAGCCCCCAGGGGCCACGUGAGCUGCAGAGAGUUAAAGUCCAGCCGGGGGAUCUGCUCAGUUCCUGCAAUGCUGGUCGGUCGGCUUCAGAUUUUACAGCAGCAUCUGCAGGGGCCACAGGAAAUGUCUGGUUCACUCACAACGCAUGUCCUGAACACAGCCGGUGGAAUUCCUGCCCGAGGCCUAACCCUCACCUUGUCCAAGCUUGAUACCCCCCAGGGGAAAUGGGUGCAACUGAGUAGAAGUGUGACUGAUGAGGAUGGCCGCUGUCCAUCGUUGCUACGCGGUGUGCCACUCACAGCAGGAACCUAUCAGUUACGAUUUGACACUGGUGAAUACUGGAAGCAGCUCCAACAAGAGAGUUUCUACCCUUACGUAGAGAUUGUGUUUACCAUCACAGAUCCGAAACAGAAAUACCACGUGCCUCUGUUGCUCAGUCCAUAUUCCUACACCACCUACAGGGGGAGCUAGAGAAACUGGCAGGGAUGCAGUGUGUUUUCAUGAUUUCUUAUUCUGUCCAAUCAGCAGGGACCAUUCUGUGUCUACAAUCACCUCUUUAUUUUCUUAAAUUGGGUAAUGGUAACACCCUGUAGAAUAUUGCUUACACACCCCCAGGACGUACUUGGAAACCUGGUUUAAUUCCUUAUUAUUAUUAUUAAUAAAUCGU